AUGGACGUGCGCAAUAACUUCCUUGGUCAUCUCUACAAAGCUUUAAACCAGAAUGGAAUAUCUACUUUUGUUGAUAGCGAGGAUCUGCGGAAGGGAGACCAAAUAUCACAGGCACUUAUGAAGGCCAUCGAGCAAUCGUGCGUUGCAAUCAUCAUUUUCUCAGAGGAUUAUGCUUCCUCGCAAUGGUGCUUGGAAGAGUUGGCAAAGCUUAUGGAGUGCAAGGAGCAAAAGGACCUUAUCGUUCUACCAGUGUUUUACAAAGUGGACCCAAGAGCAGUUAGAGGGGGGAGAGAAAGUUAUGGGAGAGCUCUGACAAAGCAUGAGUCCAAGUUCGGGAAGAAUUCAGAGAAAGUGAAAAUAUGGAAGAAAGCGCUUCUUGAUGCUGGUAGCUUGUCUGGGUGGCAUCUAAAUGAUGGGUAA